AUGCAUCACUCCAUAAAGAUGCUUCUCGCUGCAUUCGCGGCCUUGCCAAUUGUGACUUCGCGCGCAACAGCGGGUACAAUCGAUGGGAAGCCUAUUGUUGAGACCACCACCUUGUCUAAUGGUCACGUUCUGGACUGGGUGAUGCAGGAUGAGGUUGCACCUCCUUCGGACAAGCCCGAUCUUUUGAAAGGCUUGUUCACGCCGCUCAACGGCCCCAAGGGAGCUGUACCAUACCUCCGACAGAGUACACCUUCCAACGGGGUCGAAAAGAAGUCGCCUCCGCAGGGGACUGCCAAGAGGGCGACUAUUCCCGACGGUCACAAAUACGCGCUCACCGGACAGAGCGUGGCCAAUCUCGGCGGCGGAGCGACCUUUAGUCUUUACGAUCCCUACCUGGAAAGCACGUCUGACAUGUCCUUGAUCCAGACCGCCAUCAGCAGCAACUUCGUUCAAAACUCGUACUUUGGCAAAAUUCAGCAGACUGUCGAAGCCGGCUGGCAAAAAUACCCCUUGCUCAACCCUCCUACCGCUCACUUUUUCUGCUUCUACACCGCCACUGGGUACCACUCGGUGGGCGACUACCAAGGCGGAUACAACAGAGAAGUCGCGGGCUGGACGCAGGUCGACACGGACAUUUACCCUGGCCACGAGUUUCGGCCCUUUUCGGUGGACGGCGGCGCUCAGAACGACAUCAACCUCGAGUAUCACCUCACGGAUGGAAAAUGGUGGCUGUCCGUCGGCGGCCGCGACAUUGGCUAUUACCCAGCAUCGCUGUUCACGCAAAACGUUACGAGCUCGACGAGCCUCGCCACGGGAGCCGACAAGAUUACGUUUUACGGCGAAAUGUACAGCGACAAGUCGCAAACCACCUCCGACAUGGGUUCCGGCGAAUUCCCCUCUGCAGGAAAAGACAAGGCGGCUUACAUUCGCAACAUGGUGUACACAAGCGCCAACGACGGGACCACCUACAACUACGAGGCCAACUUGCAGGACAUAAUCACCGACCCCUACAAUUAUGAUCUGGAGGCGCAUUAUAAUGCUGGAGCGCCAUGGAACAGUUAUAUGCUUGUCGGCGGUCCGGGCUAUGGCGGCAACAUUGGCUCUUGA